AUGUGGAAGCAUAAUUCAAGAUCUCAUCACCAGCCAUCUGAGCUUUUUUGGGCUCGAGUGGUUAUGCGCAAGUGGUUCAACAUUGCCACCAACAAUUCCGAUUACUCCGCCGACACAGACUCCGAUUCCGACUCUGAUUCGGACUCCGACCCAGAAAGUCAAUGGCAGGAAGAAUCACGAUUUGAUAACGACAGAAAUGAUGGAGUUCGUGUUGAUGCCUACGGGGUUCUUCCCAGGAUAAGAAGAAAGUCGGAGACAUUUAGGGCUCAGUAUAUAAACACGAAGGAAACCAGAAUAUGCGCAGGCACAUGGAAUGUUGGAGGAAGAGUUCCUUCAGACGACAUAGAUCUAGAUGGCUGGUUGGAUGUUCAUGACCCUGCUGACAUAUAUGUAAUUGGUCUUCAGGAGAUUAUACCAUUAAAUGCUGGUAACAUAUUUGGCGCUGAAGAUCAGCGCCCAGUUUCAAUAUGGGAAAACAGAAUUCGUGAAACUCUGAACAGAAUUCCUCAAGUCACUAAAUUCAAAUGCUACAGUGAUCCUCCUUCUCCAUCAAGGUUUAAGCCAUAUGAAGAUGCCCCAAACAUAGAUGAAAUCUUACAGAUUGACAGUGACAUUGAGGAAGAAAUCUGCCCAGUAAAUGAAGAAUUGAACUUUGUUAAUGAAUUUAAGGUUGGAACGUUCACAGGAGAUAAUGUUGUUGAUCUCGAUGCCUCUGUUUCCAUUGACAAACACAACUUGGGAAUUUCAGUUGAAAAGGAGUUGCAACGCCAAUUUUAUUCUCCAAUUAACCUGGACAGAUUGUACUGCUUCAGGACAGAGGAUUCUGAAGAAAAUAUAGCAUUGCCAAGCACCCAGUAUAUCAAUAAGUUAGCCAGAACGCUAAGUGGGACAGAACGGAUUGGUUUAAUUUGGCCAGAGCCACCUCUACAUCUUUUGGGUCAGCAUGUUUUAAGGAAAACUAAUUCUUUCAAAGCCUCCAAAUCUUUCAGGACAUAUAGUUCUUUCAAGCCAAACAUGUCCGGUGAAAAUAGAAUGAGAUCAGAUAUAGCUUCACUUGCCGUGCUUGACCUUGAGAGCCUGAUAAACCGGAGAAAAAGGUCCCCUUACGUUAAAAUAGUAAGCAAGCAAAUGGUUGGAAUUUUUCUUACCAUCUGGGUUCGUAGAAGCAUGCGAAGGCAUAUACAGAACUUAAACGUGUCUUCUGUUGGUGUUGGUGCUAUGGGCUAUAUAGGCAACAAGGGAUCAAUAUCUGUUAGCAUGUCUAUAUAUCAGACGCUCUUCUGUUUCAUUUGUACUCAUCUCACGUCAGGUGAGAAGGAUGCUGAUGCAGCCAAAAGAAUCGCUGUUGUCCAAGAAAUACAUAGACGGACUCACUUUAAUUCGCUUUCUAGUAUUGGACUUCCUAAAAGCAUCCGUGAGCAUGAGAGGAUAAUCUGGCUGGGGGACCUAAAUUAUCGUAUUAAUUUGUCAUAUGAGAAAGCAAGAGAGCUAAUUUUGAAGGAGGACUGGGCUAAGUUAAUGGAGCAUGAUCAGCUCGUCAGAGAGCUUAGGAAAGGUCGGGCCUUUGAUGGAUGGUCUGAAGGUACUUUGAACUUUGCUCCAACUUACAAAUAUCAGACAAAUUCAGAUACUUACUGUGGAGAGGAUUCAAGGGCUGGGAGGCGCACUCCAGCAUGGUGUGAUCGCAUUCUCUCUCUUGGGAAGGGAAUGAAGCUUCUAAGCUAUAGGAGAAGUGAACUUGGGCUAUCUGAUCAUCGACCUGUGACUGCCUCUUAUAUGGUGGAAGUUGAAGUAUUUUCUCCAAAGAAGUUGCAACGGGCACUCAUUUUCACUGAUGCAGAAAUCGCAGAAUUGAACUAG